AUGGCCGCGGCACCGGCGCGGGCACUCGCCGCCGACAAGAGGUCCCAUCCGCUUCGCGUCCUUAUUCUUCUUCCCAUUUCUAUCUCUUUGCGUUUCCAUUGGGUUCAGUUGGUGCUCCCCGACUACAAGGGUUUAGGGUUUAGCGCUGCAGGUGGGGCCAAUGCGCGUCUAGUACCAAAUGCAUGGGGUUCAUCAUCACUACUAUCUCUCAAGAAGGGUGAAGGUUCUGGGUCAUUUGUGAACAUCAAUGACCACCCUUCUUCUCCAGUAAGCUCAAGCAUGUCGACAGAUGAAAGUGACUUGCUCGACUCACCUGUUUCUUGUGGUCGAACUUCACAUGAUUCUGUAACUGCGAUAAGCCGUCCUCAAAGCACAGAGUUAAGAUCAGGAAGCUGGAAAUUUGCACAUUCUCAAAUUUCUUUCUUGGAUGUUCUGAAAGCCCCAUUAAGGACUAUUGCAAAAAGAGGCCUACAUCACACAGAAAGGGGUUUACCAUAUGUGCAGAUGAUUUCCCAGUACUUGAUUCCAAGAACUCUCAGUCAAAUGGUCAACAAGGAGGUGAUCCUGUUUCUACUGCAAAUUUCUCUUGGGAACCAGAAUAGGCUCAACUACAUGCUACACAAAUUCCUUAUAUAUGUAUGCCUCCUCCAUGUAUUGAUUACUGGCAUCAUCCUCCUGACAGGAAUGGAAUUCGUCUUUGAGGAGUGGUAUCAUAUGGGGGGAGAAGAAAGGCAUGGUCCACAUGGGGUUUAUCACCCAGAAAACAAUGAUUCCUGUUAUGCUCAUGUGCCUGUUGAUACUUUUGUCAAAAGUUUACCUCAUCUCAUACUUGAAAAGGUCAAAGAUAACCAUUCAGAUGCACUUGAGAAGCAACCUGUCAUCAAGAAGGAUGUGGCACUGCUAGAGAAAAUAAAGUGCCUACCUCAUCACAUACUUGGAAAGGUCAAAGGUAACCAUUCAGAUGCACUUGAGAAGCAACCUGUCAUCAAGGAGAAUGUGGCACUGUUAGAGAAAAUUAAGUGUCUAAACAUCAAAGCUAGAAAUCUUCGUGCCUGUAACAUGCCCGAAAUAUCUUUGUGCAAGGAAUCCAAGGUUGAAUGUCCCAAAAGCCUCAAUUUAAAAGCAGAUCAUCUAGCAAAUGAUGUCCCCUUCAGCGCUGCCACCAGCUUUAUCACCUCUGCCUUUGAUAUGGCUAAUUAUGUUUCUGAAAGAAUCUCUACAGCAAAUAAUCAUGAAGAUCAACCACUUGCUGAGAACUGCUCACAGCAGGGGCAUGCGAGAACUGCUAAUGAUUUGCUGAAAUCUCCUCAUGAAAUCCAGCAUUCAAGAAGAGAGUUGUCUGCUCAAAAUUCACAACCACAGGGAGAGGAGAGGGGAAAAAGUCAACAAAAGGCAAAGUCUAUUGCAAAACUGGAAUUUGUACAAAAUCAGAAGUCAAAUGAUGCACCUGGUCACCCUGCAGUUGACUCUUUGCCAGUUAUGACAGAUUCUCAUCAAGAUCAAUCUUUUCCUUGGAACACCUCUCAGCAAGGACAUGUGCUAACUGAUGAUAUUCUUAACUCUCCUCGUUAUGAAAUUGAGCAUCCAAGAUGGAGAGAGUCUCCUACCAAAUAUGCAAAACAACUACAGAUGGAGAAUGAAAACAUCGAACAUGAGGCAACAUUUAUUGCCAAACCAGAAGACUUGAGCACACAGCCAUUUGUACAUAGUCUGAAGUCAAAUGAUGCACCUGGUGAAUCUGCUGAUUACCAUGUAUAUGCCAGAUCGAAUGCAUUAAGAAACAGGCAUGGUAGUUCUGCUGAGGAUAUUUCAUUUAGCAUGCCUGGACAUGGAUGGAAAGAUCACUCUACAGUUGACUCUUUGCCAGUUGUAAGGACAGAUACUUAUCAAGAUCAAUCAUUUCCUGAGGGCACUUCUUUGCAGGUGCAGGGGAGAGCUGUUGAUGAUAUGGUUAACUCUCCUGGUUAUGACAUUGAGCUUUCAAGGAGAGAAUUGUCUGCACAGCAUCCAAAACAACUGCAGGAAGAGGAGAGGGGAAAACUUCAACAAAAGGCAAAAGCUAAUGCAAAACUGGAAGAACUGAAGAGAUGUUUGUUUGUACAGAAUCAUAUGUCCAAUGAUGUGCCACAAGAAACAAACAAAAAUCUUUGUAAACAAAAUGCUGGAAGUGCCGCGAAGAAUACUGCAGCUGCUAUCAGCUCCACUCAGAAUGUGAUGUGUGCAGCCAAGAAAACUGACAUUAGCAUGCUGGAACACAUUGCCCAGAAAACUGAAGCAGAGUCACAUGAUAGUAAUGCUCCAAAGCUUUUGCAGACGGAGGAUAGGGAAGGACAAGUUCAUAAACAGGAGAGUAUUUCAAGGGGCUCCACUCCAGCAUCAGACACUGCAGCUGCUAACAUAAGUCCUUUGAUUCCGAACACCAUUUCCCCAGUCAAGAACACUGAAAUCAAGAUUAUGGAACCAAUUGACCUGAAAGGCGUGUCACACACAAAUGAAAGCAGGACUCCAAUGCAUUUGCAGAUGGAGGAAAAGAGAAGGCAAGUUCAUUCACAUAGAAGAAUUUUAAGGGGCUGCACUCCAGCAUCAGGACCUGCAGGUGUCAACAAAGGGUCUUUGAUUCAUAAUGUCAUACCUUCAGCAAAGAACAAUGAAAACAGCAUGAUGGAACACAUUGCCUGGAAAAGUGCAUCACAGUCACACGAGAACAGUUCUCCAAAGCGUUUGCAGAUGGAGAAUAGGCAAAGGCAAGUUCAUCCACAGGAGAGAGUUCUAAGGGAGAGAUCAAACAUAGCUGAAAGCACAGAAGAUAUUACAACUGUUUCUGGGACUCAUGUAAAUGCGCCAAAUGCUGAAGCUAAACCUCAUGUGGACCUCUCAACACAAAGCAAGAACAGACCUGUGUCACCAUGUGUGUUUGGAACUAAGAAUACAGAAACAUCAGGUUUGCUUAAAGCUCCUGUAUCAGGCGUUGUUAUCAACAGUUCUAUAAUCACCAUGCAGACUCCUUUGGCUAGAGGCUUUACUGUGGGGAGCAUAAUGCUUGGGGAUGUUUCAGUUGCAUCCAAUCAGGAGAAAACAGUUGCCAAGGAAGUGGAUGAUGAUACAACAAAUAGCUGUGCUAGUCCUAAGCAGACAAAGCAAUUGGGAAAGAAUCAGCAUGAUGAACAGCAUGCCAAGGAUCCCCAUGGGUGUGACAGUAUCAUGUGCGCAGAAGUUAAAGAGCCAAGCAAGAAAGAACGGCCUGAGGCUGGUGGGGUGAACUGCAUGGCAAUACCUGCUCCAAACCAUCCAUCUGGGAAUCAAAGCACUGUUUUGCAGGAUGCAGUGCCAGCAAAAACAAGUGAAAUAGAGAGGCAUGCCCAUCAACCUGAAUACAUAGAGCUGCACCUGCAGAAUCCCAGGCAAAUGGGGGCAUCAGCUCUGUCUACCGCUCAUGUGUUGCCUGGACCCAUCUCUGUUCCUGAGAACAACAUACUGAAUGGCAGCAGUGCUCCAGUUUGGAUGUGGGAUGCUGCCGAGGGCAUAUUGACAUCUGACAUCGGCAACAUCACAGUUGUGGGUACUGCAAUUACAAGCAGAAGUCGCAGCGAACUGACUGAGAGCAUCUACGGGGUCAGUGAAAUGGAUCAGCACUGCAUGCAAGUCAUAGGUGGCAUGUCAUAUGACACUGUUGUGGCGAACCCUGAGAUCCAGUACCACGCAGGUCUGGCACACCAGCAGGUCAACCCGGUAUGGUUACCCCACGGCCAGCAGGAUAUGAGUUAUCAUAGCAGCAGUGGUACCGGCGUGUAUUGGCCACAGAUGGACGUAGGCGCUGCGAUGCAAAGUCAUGGUGUGACCAGACCAGUAGUAGGCGCUGGGCAUCCUGGUUAUCAACUAAUGCCACCACAGAUGGACGUAGGCGCUGCGAUGCAAGUCAUGGCGUGA